GAGGUUGUAAGGCUAACAGCUAGGGAGCUGAUUGGACCGUUAGGCCCCCUUUUCCUGUGUGGGUGUGGUGAAGUGCCUGAAUUACUGACUAACACACCAUUUACUCCCCUUUUGCCCUGAGCCAGCACUUUAGAUUUGGCACUGUUUUACUCCAUUUUUUCAUAGGACCAGUGUGCACUUUGACCCAUAGGAUAUCCUGUGCCUUCUCAGCAUUUGCAGUGGGUGCGCACUAAAACCAACAGACAAAAGAUCUUUAGAGCUUUAAGCAGUUUUAUCACAAUAAAGGGAGACUUAAGCAUUCUACAAAGCAGAUAAAAGACAGACUGGAAACAUUAACUCCUAAGCUUGACAAUGAUGGAAGAGGUGAAAGAAGUGACACCUACUUUGAGUGUCCAUGGUGAUAACAUUAAAGUUACAGAGGUGCUGAAAGAUGGGGAAACACUUACCUUUCUAAUUGUAUCUCAAAAGCUGUCUGGGACAGGGGAGUACCAUGUGGACCGGACCUAUGAUGAUUUUGAAUGGCUACAGCAGCACCUGUUCUCCCAGGAGGACGUGCCGGGGAUACAGGGAGUCAUAUUUCCUCCUCUCCCUGCAAAGGCUCAGGUGAAUGCAUCUGUAAAGGUUAUGAAACAGCUUGGCUUCCUUGGUUUGGGAGAGUGGCAGCCAUACCGUACAGCACUACAAAGUUUCCUGCGACAGGUUGUUGCACACAGCAUACUCAGCAAAAAUAAAGCUGUGGAGAUCUUCCUUACCAGCUCAGACCCUCCAGGCAGACAGAGAGCAAGGAAAAACAUUUUCAACCGGCUGACUCAAGCUGUGGAAGAGAUGAGAAAAGAAGGCCAUAAGGAUGUGGAUGACUUCUUUCAAAAUGAACGUGAUCAUAACCUUGUACUAACUGGCUGUACCAAGAAUGCAGCAGAGAGAUUCCUGGAUUUGGUACAAACUGAGCAAAAAAUAGCAGUGGCCUGUGGGCACUUCUCAGCUGCUCUGCAUCUCUGUAUGGAACCAGGGGAGGAUCCUGACAAACAGGCUUUCUCUAAGAUGUGUGUGAAAUUAUCAGAUGUCUUUGAAUCUAUGAAGAAAAACAUGACAAGUGUUGCUGAGAACAAUAUGAGCACUCUUGGGCUCAGUCUGGACCUGGAAUCACGCUACCAGGAGGCAGAGAAGGAAAUGCUUUUCAGAAGAAUCUGUAAACUGGUGGAGUUGGAGACAUCCAGAAGGAAUGCAGAGAAGGCCAAACCUGUUAAGAAAGCUGCUUUGGAGGAGGUGAGGAAAGCAGUGGAGACAGAGUUUGAGCACAUCUGUGGAGUGGCUAAACAGGAGAUUGCACACUUCCAGGGUGCACGUGUGGAGAUGUUGCAGCAGGCUCUGGUUCAGUGGUGUGAACAGCAGCUUCAUACAGCCAGGGAGAGUGCUGAACAGUUCAACCAGCACCUACAAGCCUUCAGAGCAAUGGCCUAUUGACCCCACUAGCACUCUCUUAAUGAAGCAUCUCCAGUAUGUCUUAACAUAGCAUGGGAUCACCCAAACAUGUCCCUGACCCUGUGUGCUUGCUGUAGCCUCUCAUUUAUUUGAUUGCAAAUGGAAUCUAGUGUAAAUAGAGACAUUUAAGUGAGAAGAACACAAACAUACACACUCCUGCACACUUUAUCUCAUUCUUUCUCAUUGCUCUAAAGCCCCUGUGGAAAUGAUGGUUUUGAUAUCUUAGCAGUUGUCACCUGAAAGCACCAUUGUUUUGUGUUGAGUGUUUAUUUGUACUGAACUACUCUCAAACAUUUGUGCUGAGAUUGUAUUGUGCUGCUCUGGUCUCUAGCCACUACUUCAGCUGGGGUCACGCAAAAUGAAGUGUGAUGAAUUGAUUCCCAAAGUACCUGCUUGCCUUUGUGUGUGUUUCUUACUCUAGGAUCAUUAAUCAGUUGGUGUGAGCACUCCUGCAAGGGCAUGGCAACAAGGACGCACUGUGCUCGAUUUUUGUCUGGCUUUUGAAACUAUUCUGGCUUUGUAUAUAUCUGUCAGGGAUCUCUCUUAAAAUCAUUUUAACUGGAAAAAAACCUGAAACUAUGACAUACUUAGCAAAAAAUUUCUGCACUUAAGCACAAUGUCAUCCUCUCCUUCUCUGUCUGCUGUGGACUAUAGGUCCAUAUCUCAGCACUCCUGCGUGCUUCAUCUCAUCUGUUCCGGCCUGUAAUCUCUUCGUUGGGUGAAUAAGGAGGAGUGGUUCCCAUUUGAGGGAAUGAGUCAGAGAGAUAGAUGACUGGUCUCAUAAGAAGAGAGGGUGGAGAGGAGGCUUGGCUCAUUUGACAAUGAAGGAGUAGAUAAAGGGCAAUCAUGCCAUGGAGUGCCAAGAGAAUGUCUUCAAUCCACCCAAAACACUGUUAUGUUUAUAUCCGAUUUCACUGGUUAGCACAACUGUAGCCAGAGAGGACAAAUUAAUGAGUUUGGUCCAAUCUCUGUCUACUCUUGGCACAUUGGCCUACCCUAUAUAUUCCCCUUAUUGUAUAAUAAGAUAUCAUUACUGCAUCAGCAUAGGAUCCAACAUUGCUCACAAAUAACAAAUACAUGUAUUUUAUAUUUCUAUUUUGCAUAUUUACCUGCAUAGUAGGACUGUUUUUAAGCAGUCCAACACAUGUAAAUGUUAAGGACAUUUCAGAGGUGCUCCAAAAAGCAAUAGUCCAUACGUGCAUAAUAUUGUCUUUACCUGUUUAAAACAGUUUAAAAUAAAGCAAAGACAGCUGU